GACCGAGCAGCAGCGUCGUCCUUGCGCUGCCUUUGUGUCGGUUCCCCGAUUUUAAAUGCCCUGCACUGGCAGCAGGACGACAACAGUAGCGCCAUCAAACGGCCAUCAGCUGGAAUUAGUGCUGAAACAUCAAACCAGCGGAAACCGCAGCAUCAUCAUCACCGUCAUCAUCACAAACACACGCUUCGCAGAGCGGUGCCGUGUGGUGCGGUGUUGUGGUGUGUUGCCUGCUGCGUGUCCAGUUGCGCGAAGAUUUCUUGCUAUCAAGUUCGGUUGCGUUGUUUGUGCUGGGUGGUGGUGUGUUUUCGUGUUGGAAAGGAUUCUUCGUACAAUAAGUGAGCAGGAUUGGUUUGGAAUUAGAUUUGUGUUCGAAGAAACUAGUUACGAACGUUCGACAAGAGGUGCAAAACACAAGCCUGGAUGGAAAGUUAGUGUGGAUUGGAGUUGGUCGUUAUAGUUUUGAGGUGACUGGAUGUCAAGCGGCCCAUCCGUAGUGACUCACCGCCCGUCUGCUGAUGCGUAUCCUUCUGCGUUGGUUGGCGAUUUUCGCAGAACAACAACGGCUCAAAUAACCAAACGCAUCAAUCCUCAUUCUCCUUCAUACUUGCUGCUGUAGCUGCUGAUACACACGGUGCUGAAGUUUUCCCGCACACGAAUGGAUCCACCGCACAACCCGUUCAACUUUCAUCUUGGCCCGCCGGCGUCCCACACCGGCCACGGACACCAUCCGGAGCCUACGCCGAGCCCACCGCAAAGUGUCCCGGGACGCCGCACUCCGCUCGGUACGGUAGGGCUCGGGGGGUUUUACGCCCAGCCGCAUGCUUCGUCGGCCACCCACACCGAUGAGAAUCGUCCCUCGGGCAGUGCGGAAAGCCCACCGCCACAUCACCACGUGCCCGUCCCGCCGGGCGCUGGCGGCAAGCAAAAGAACCGCCAGGGCAAAUCAGUUCGGCUGAACAUUAAUGCACGGGAGCGCCGCCGGAUGCACGAUCUGAACGAUGCAUUGGACGAGCUGCGCAGCGUCAUCCCGUACGCCCAUUCGCCCUCGGUGCGAAAGCUGUCCAAGAUUGCGACGCUGCUGCUCGCGAAGAACUACAUCCUCAUGCAGGCAAACGCACUGGAUGAGCUUAGAAGACUGCUAGCCUACAUACAGAGUGCUGCCGGUGCCAGUAUUCCAACGGUGGACUUACGCACGAUGCCUUCGGCCCUGAAGCUGCAGCAGCUGCUGCAGGCUCCCCAUCAGGAUCUCGCCCUCCAGCAGCCCUCCGGCAGCUCCUCCACCACGACCAGCACCCAGGCUGGUCAGGCCGGGGCUCUGCCACCACCGCCACCACCUGCCCCUAGUCAGAACCCUUAAGAGGGCAGUACGGCCCACUUCCAUCCCAUCUAGUCCAUGUGAAAAUGCGCCAACAAAAUGUAACCAUUUUUGCACAACUGUGCUAGUGUUAAGGUUUUUGCAAUGCCCUGUAGUGUGAUUGUACGACUUUUCAACUACUUUUUUUUCUAGUCGCUCCCUACAUUAUAAUUUCUCCUAACCCGAGUAGUAGUGUUCAUUUUAAAACCACCACAUCUGUGUAUUGUGUGUAGAGCUGCGUACCUUGUAGUGGUUAAGGGAAGCAAGUAGCGUGAUUGCCAAAAUUAUGUUUAAGAAUUUGUGAAAUAAACAAUGAAAUGAAUUGACUUAUGGA